AACCCAUACACCCCAAAGUCUUCUCAAAACCCUAAUUUUCCUAAGGCCCAUUUCAAUCUCCGCCGUUAAUUUGAUUCACACAACACAUCUGAGCCUUCUCCAUGGCGACCGACGCCACGCCCAAAUUCCAAAACCGCGAUUUUCGGCCGGUUCAGCCCGAUUUCCACCCCGAAAUCACUAUGUCGGCUCACGACGGGCUCCAUUUUUGGCAGUUCAUGGUCGCCGGGUCCAUUGCGGGUUGCGUCGAGCACAUGGCGAUGUUUCCGGUGGACACCAUUAAGACCCGUAUGCAAGUUCUUGGGCCGUGCCCAAUUAAAUCGGUCAGCCUUAGCCACGCCCUCCGGUCGAUUUUGAAGACGGAAGGGCCCUCUGGCCUUUACCGGGGAAUCGGCGCAAUGGGUCUCGGCGCCGGACCGGCACAUGCCGUGUAUUUUUCGAUUUAUGAGAUAUUUAAGAAGUCUUUAUCCGGUGGGAAUCCGAAUAAUUCGGCCGCCCACGCCAUCUCCGGCGUAUUUGCGACGGUGGCAAGCGAUGCGGUGUUUACGCCCAUGGAUAUGGUGAAGCAGAGAUUGCAGCUGAGUAGUAGUCCAUAUAAGGGGGUUUUGGAUUGUGUGACGAGGGUUUUGAGAGAAGAGGGGUUUAAAGCUUUUUAUGCUUCGUAUAGGACUACUGUGUUGAUGAAUGCUCCCUUCACAGCAGUGCAUUUUUCCACGUAUGAGGCUGCAAAAAGGGGCUUGAUGGAGGUUUCUCCUGACAGCGCCGAUGAUAACCGAGUGGUGGUUCAUGCUACUGCUGGGGCUGCAGCUGGGGCAUUGGCUGCUCUCUUGACAACACCGCUUGAUGUGGUGAAGACUCAAUUACAAUGCCAAGGGAUCUGCGGAUGUGAUAGAUAUAGUAGUGGUUCGAUUAGGGACGUUCUUCGGACAAUAGUGAAGAAGGAUGGAUACAGAGGGCUCAUGAGAGGAUGGAUUCCAAGGAUGCUCUUCCAUGCUCCUGCUGCUGCAAUAUGCUGGUCUACAUAUGAAGCCUGGAAAUCCAUCUUCCAAGAGCUCAAUGCUAAAAGUGAUAGUGAUGGAGGCACCUGAGUAAAACCAAGAAGAAGAAAUGACCUUCACAAAUGAAAAAGGACACAGAUUUUUUUCCUAUUCAGAGAAUCAUCUAGGUGAUUGACAAUUAAAUGUUUGCUUCAUACCAGGGAUGGAUAAGCAACACAAAAUAAGCUUCUUUUAGACCCUUCAGUGGUCUCUUUUUUAACAGGUACUUGUAGUCGUAAUAGUCGUCAGAUUAGAAUUCAUUUGUAUUAUAUAAAUGGUUGUCAGGUGCGAUAAUGUUUAUUCAUGAAAUAUUUUGAGUUAUUCCUUUCCUGGAUUAUGUAAUCCAUGAAGCCCCUUUUAAACCA